UCUGGCAAAUCUCCAUUCCCUUUUGGAAGAAGACCUAAUUUUCUUGCAUGGCCAGAUUCCCAUUACUCUAAAAUCCUUACUAUUACAGGGGUGUGUUCGGUUUGCAAAUGGUGAUGGAUGGCGAGGUCGAAGAAGGCGGAGGAGGACAAGUGGUGGAGACUGGGGAGGAGGAGACUGCUCCCAAUGCGUCCAACACUCAAGGGUGCACCUGUGAGGUUCAAGAACUGAUGGUCGUGAUUGGGUCCAUUGUAGCCAUUGGAGAUUAUAGGAGGACGCAGAAGAAGGAGUGCCAAAACCUAGUAAGGCGGUUGAAGUUAUUGUUGCCGCUUUUAGAAGAUGUAAAGGACCUCCAUGGCCAAGUUCCCGAGAAGUCUUUAAAUCCAUUCUGGAAUUUGAAGAAGGCGCUUCUACGUGUCAAGAAACUCUUGAUAACUUGCAGUGAGGGAAGCAAGAUUUAUCUGGCACUUGAGAAUGAAGCAGUCAUGGCUAGAUUUCAUCGUGCCAAUGAAAAAUUAAGUCAAGCUUUGGAAGAUUUGCCUUAUGAAGAGCUUGGAGUCUCAGAGGAAGUAAAAGAAGAGCUUGAUUUAGUGCGCAUGCACCUCAAACGAUCCAAGAGGCGAACAGACACUCAGGAUAUUGAACUUGCAAUGGAUAUGAUGGUGGUAUUCUCAAAAGACGAUGAACGGAAUGCGGAUAGUGCAAUAAUAGUGAGGCUGGCAAAGAAGCUGGAACUGCUUACAGUUGAGGACUUGAAUGCAGAAACAAUAGCUGUAAGAAAACUUGUGAAAGAAAGAGGAGGACAAAAUGCAGAGAGUACCCAGCAUGUGAUUGAACUUCUGAAUAAAUUCAGACAAAGUGGAGGGCUUGAAGAGAUCAAUGUGCUUGAUGAUCCCAUUGUGCCCAAAACUCUUGAGAAAUCCCCAUCUUUGGCUAUCCCUCAUGAGUUCCUCUGCCCAAUCACAUUAGAAAUAAUGACUGAUCCUGUUUUUGUAGCAACUGGACAGACAUAUGAAAGAGAAAGCAUACAGAAGUGGUUGGACUCCAACCAUAAAACCUGUCCAAAGACAAUGCAACCUUUGGUUCACUCCUCGCUUGUGCCAAACUAUGCCCUCAGAAACCUGAUCCUUCAGUGGUGUGAGAACAAUAAUUUUCAAAUUCCCAAAAAGGAUGCUUCUUCAAGCACUGAGGGCUCCUCUGAGCAGAAAGAGUCUGUCUUGUCUGUGGUUCAAAACCUAUCCUCUAAUCAAUUGGAAGUGCAGAGAAAAGCAGCGAAGAAGAUCCGAAUGCUCUCGAAAGAGAAUCCAGUGAACCGAGUUCUGAUUGCCCAGAGUGGAGGAAUCCCACCAUUAGUGCAACUCCUGUCCUAUCCAGAUUCCAAGAUUCAAGAGCACACUGUAACAGCUCUGUUGAACUUGUCAAUUGAUGAGGCCAACAAGAAACUCAUUGCUAUAGAAGGAGCCAUUCCAGCUAUAAUAGAUGUCCUACGGAAAGGAAGCGUUGAGGCUAAAGGGAACUCUGCAGCGGCAUUAUUCAGUUUGUCGAUAGAUGAUGAUAUUAAAGCAGCAAUCGGGCUCUCUAAUGGCAUCCCGCCGUUGGUGGAUUUGUUGCAGCAUGGGACAAUCAGAGGCAAAAGGGAUGCUGCCACAGCACUCUUUAACCUCUCUCUCAACAAGGCAAAUAAGACCAGGGCCAUUGAGGCUGGUGUUAUUCCACCUUUACUCCAGUUAAUUAAGAGCCCAAACUCGGGCAUGAUUGACGAGGCCCUCUCUAUCUUGUUCCUCCUGGCAUCACAUCCGGACGGGCGGCAAGAGAUUGGACAGCUCUCAGUCAUUGAAACUCUUGUUGAGUUUAUCAGAGAUGGGACCACCAAGAACAAAGAAUGCGCCACAUCGGUUCUUCUUGAGCUGGGGUCUAGCAAUUCCUCUUUCAUUUUGGCUGCACUUCAGUAUGGUGUGUUAGAGCAUUUGAUUGAGAUUACAAAGAGCGGAAACAGCAGAGCCCAAAGGAAAGCUAACUCACUUUUACAGCUCAUGAGUCGGUGCGAACAAAUUCCUUGAAGUUAUAAUUUCAGGUUGGUGGUUUCGCUUGCCUUCAUCCUGCAUUGGAGUCUUACAAUGGUGUUCGUCUACUGUACCUUUUCAGUGCUUGGGCUGAUCUUCAUGAACCCUGUCCAAACACAGCCUUCUUGUUUUUCUUUCUUGUUCUUUCCCUUACUGUACCUUUGGCUAAACUCUUUUAUACUUCAUCAAAUUGUUGUUUCUAAGAAUCAGUUUCUUAAGGCAGAUGUGUGCAGUGAAUAUACUUACUUUUGGCAAGAAGUUUUUACGACA